UUUUAGAUAAAAAUGGAUAAAACUAAAAAAUUUAAUGUUCUCUUUCUUAUUUUUCUAAUUUUACUUUCAAAUUAUGCUGAAGCAAGAAAAUCGGGCGGUGGAGGUUUUGGUAGUAGAGGAGGGGCUGGUAGUGCCGCCAGAGCCAAUCCAGCGCCCCACCCAGCUCCAGCAGGCGGGUUUGGUGGUCAACCACGUCCAGCAGCUCCUCAACCUCAUCCAGGCCCAGUUGGAGGAGGCUUUGCUGGAGGAAGACCUCCACCUGCUGCUGGUGCAGGCCCUGGACACCUUGGCACCGGCACAGGUCUUGGUUCCGCUUCUCGUGGUUCCUCCUUUAAAACAGCCUUGGCGGGUGCAGCAAUUGGUGCUGUAGGAGGAGUGUUAGCCUUUGAAGCAGGAAAGGCAAUAAUUAAAUCAAUGGAUAGACCCAUGCAUUAUGACAAUAAAGAUUACUACUUUGGUCAAGAAUAUGUUAAGAGAGGUCCAGAUGAUCAUAUCUGCAGUUAUGAUUAUCAAGAGUUAAUGAAGCAAACAGCCCCGCCGGCAGGCGAUGCUACAGUAAAUGCUACAGCUGAGGAGAAUAAUAAAGCUUUGGCUCAAAUUGUUUGGGCCUGCAAAAAGUGGGAGCAAUGCUGUGGAAUGGAUUGUUGCCCAAUGCCACAAUCAGUAUCUAGGACAGAAAAUAAUAAAUCCUCUGCCCUUUCUACACUUGGAAAAGUUUUGUUAAUCAUCACGCUGGUUUCACUCUUAUUUUGCUGCUGUUGCUUUGUAAUUGUAUAUAAAUUUUUCCGAUCGGCUUUUGAUAGUCUAUUUUCCCGUGAUAGUAACAAUUCUUAUGACCCUUCCAAAUAUGAAAAUAAUACUGUAAAUUCUAAUAUGAUGCCUGCUCAACAACCAAACAACCCUGUUCAACCUGUCCAAGCUCAAAGUUAUCCAAUGCACCCAUAUCCUAACCAACCUUCACAACAACCUGGUGGUGUAGUAUAUCCUUCUCAACCUUCAAAUCCCCCAGCCUAUCCUGCAUAUCCACCCGCCCCAGGCUAUUAUGAUUCCCAACAACAAAAAUAUUAAAAUUUUUUGGUAUAUUUUGGUAAAAUUAAGGCUAUUUUUGAUUGUUUUUUAAUUUUAUAUGCUUGUAAAAAUUAUUGAUGUACAAACAAGUUCCGUGUUUUUGCUAAUAGAAGAACCAUACCCAUUUUAAUCACCCUAUAAUCUAAGGCAUUUUUGGGCCGAUUUGAAAAAAACCCAUUAUCAGAUGACUAAAAGUGCCCGGAACACGACCAAAAGAGCACGCGGCCAUAACGACUCAAAGCUAUAACUACCUGAAAAUUUCUGGCCCUUAUCAAUACGCGCACUAUUCUCUUUAGCUCGAUGUAAGGAAUCGUUUGAUAAUAAAUUUAGUAGGAUUCGAAAAUUUCUAAUCAAGUUAUUACCUUGUGCCUUAUGGCCUUGUACCCUUAUGGCCUUGUGCCCUUCUGGGCCGUACUCUAAAUUCCCUACUGAAGGUUCAAAUUUAAAAUUCAAAUUAGCAGA